AUGGCAGACAAAUCCGAUCCCAGUGUCCAGGACUGUCCCGAUGACCGUCUGACCGCGCCGCUUGAAGAGGAGUGGAACCACAUUGAGACAUUUCUGCUUGCAGACGAGCAUUCAGUGCCCAGGGUCCCAGCGUCACUGGCGUCUGCUCACCGAGCUUUCAGCCAACCAGUGUACAAGGAGGGAUCCGUUCCGAUGAACUUGGCCCUGAACGUCGGGACGUGGGAACCGAAACGACCGCUAUACCUGGACCGGGACGUCAACUCUGAAUGUGUCACACUGAAGACUCACUCUACUUUCGACAACACCCAGGUAGCUUUUCGGUUUGCCAGAAACAAUGCCCCGAAGCACCAAGGGAUGGCGGAGGUGGCACAGGAUGUGGAGGAAGCGACGGCUUCGUUGAUCAAAGAGCUGUUCAAGAAGACUUUCACCGACACCGAUGACAACAGAGCCAGCAAAGCCACAACUGCUGUCUCGGAACUAGUCAAGGCGCGCAAUCGAGCAAGCACAUCGACCGAGUCGGUCGACAAGCGAUCACUUGAGUUCAGAACUCUCACUGCUGAUCAAAAGGCUACAUUCGCUUUUUGGGUCAAGCGUUACGAGGGAGCAGGACCUGAGGCCGCGGGGAUCAUGAAUGCCGAGACAGGAGCAGAGUCUGUGUGGAUACCCCAUACCAUCACUUUGGGCCAGUUCGAGGGUGGCAUGAAACGAAGAGUGAUCAUACUGGCGGGUGUCGACACGACGGAGUAUACCCCUGAGGAAGAUGGCUACAAGCUGCUCAGCCAGAUCGAGAAGACGGAUGGAUACUAUGGGAGCCUUGUCCUGGCUGGUGAUCCACUCAAUGCAUAUGGAACUGACAUCGAGGAGCUUGAAUUAUCGGUUGAGUAUCAAUCUGACAGCCGUCUCCAUGUCCAUAUCUCGGACUCUGCGAAGAAGCAGUUCCAAAUCCCCUCAUCCACCUUUCCCCGACCCCCCGCAUCCACCUCAGCCGACCUCCAGUCCCAGCUGGAGUUCCACCACACCGCCGAUCCCUUUGCCUUUUGGGUAACUCGCCGCUCCACCUCCGAAGUCAUCUUUGACAUACGGUCCCAUGCGUUCAUCUUCUCGGAUCAACAUCUCCAGCUCACAACAUCCCUUCCCGCGCAGAGUAACAUCUAUGGUCCCGGCGAGAUUGUGGCUGGCUCUGGUUUCCGCCGCAGCGCAACAAAGGAUCGUACGACGCUAUGGAACCGCGAUGCUGGGACCCCGGUCGACGAGAACAUCUACGGAGCUCACCCAUUCUACCUAUCGUCGACGCCAAGCGGUUCAUUCGGGGUCUUCCUCCUCAAUUCGCAUGCCAUGGAGAUGACCACCAAGGAUGGGCAGAUGACGUAUGAUAUCCUCGGCGGGACAUUUGACUUCUACUUUUUGUCGGGGCCGACGCCGAUGGAUGUCGUCAGGCAGUACUCGGAGGUCGUACGCAGACCAGCGAAAGUUCCAUUCUGGGCCUUCGGGCUGCACAUGUGUCGGUGGAACGGGGACUGGCGGACGCCCGAGGAUGUCAAGGAGGUGGUGCGCAAAAUGAAGGAGGCAGACGUGCCGCUGGAGACGGUCUGGUCGGAUCUGGAUUAUAUGGACCGGUUCCGGAACUUUGAAGGCGGGGAGAAGUGGAGUCAUGACAAGUACAAGGAUUUUGUCGAUUACCUGCACGCCAAUAAGCAGCACUACAUCCCCAUCGUCGAUGCUGCUAUCGCCAAACCGAAAGCAGGGGAUCCGUACAUGGCCUAUGACCGCGGGGUCGAGCUGGAUAUCUUCAUUAAGGCGGACGAUGGCAAGGUAUAUGUCGGCGAGGUGUGGCCGGGCGAGGCGGUAUACCCAGACUGGACCGCCAAGAACGUACAAGUAUGGUGGCAGGAGUGUUUUGAUCAUUAUCGCAAGACAGCCGAAUACGACGGGAUAUGGCUAGAUAUGAACGAGCCGUCCAACUUCCAGAUGACCAAAGACAGGCCAAAAGGAGACGCUAAGAACAAGCUCAACUUUCCUCCGUUCAAGAUAAAGAAUGGAUACCCGAACUUCUGGGACAAGACUGUCGACCCCAGUGCCAAGCUAGCCGAUGGGUACAAUCACUACCACGAGCAUAAUAUCUGGGCACACGAGCAGAACCUCGCAAUGCACAAAGUCUUGCUGGAGCAGUCGCCCAACAAGCGGCCGUUCGUCAUCACGCGCAGUACCUUUGCUGGUACAGGCAAGGUGUCAGGACACUGGCUCGGCGACAACUACUCCAGUUGGGAAUCCAUGCGGCAUUCUCUCCAGGGUGUACUCCAGUUCCAGCUCUUUCAGAUACCCAUGGUCGGAGCGGACGCCUGCGGGUUCGGUGAAGAUUGCACUGAAGAGCUCGCCAAUCGAUGGAUGCAGCUCGCGGCCUUCACACCUUUCUACCGCAAUCACAAUGCCCUGGAUUGUGUAGAUCAGGAGCCGUAUCGCUGGAAGUCGGUAGCUGAGGCUAGCAAGAAGGUGCUGCAUACGCGGUACCAGCUGUUGCCGUACUGGGAAACACUUUUCGCUCAGGCUCACAAGGACGGAACCCUGCCUCUUCGACCGUUAUUCUUCGAGUUUGACAAGCCCGAGCUGGCGGGUGUGGAGGAGCAAUGGCUCAUCGGGGAUAGUCUGCUCAUCACGCCUGUUUUGCGCGAGGGGGAGACGGAAGUCAAGGGGUAUUUCCCAGAUGCAGGCGGGGCUUGGAGGGACUGGUACACCCAUCAUGCCAUUCAAGUCGACGAUAACAAUCAAGCUACCCUCCCUACCCCUCUUGGAAGCAUCAACGUCCAUAUCCGACCCGGAUCCAUCAUCCUCAUCCACACCGACCCCGCUUAUAACCUCACUGAUACCCGCACUUCAGAGUAUGGGCUUGUCGUCUCGCUGGACGCCAAGGGGGAGGCAAAGGGGAUGGCUAUUCUUGAUGAUGGACUGAGCGUGGAGGGUUCCGAGACGAUCGUCGACUUCUCUGCUUCGGCUCGGAAGCUCGUCAUCAAGGCGAAGGGAGACUAUACCGCUGCUCCCAAAUUGACGAAAAUCACGAUAAUGGAGGAAGAGCAAGAGACCAGGCUCGAUGUGUCGGUCGAUCUCACAAAGGGCAGAGAAGUGCCGUACUGA